AUGAAGCAAAGUAGUAGUAGUAGUAAAGAACAGAGACAGUGUGUGGUGAUUUUGAUUUGUUGUGUGCCUUAUCUUGUGGAUUACCAACAUCUUCCGAAUUUUGGAUUACACAUCAUCAUCAUUAUGCCGGUGACGAUCAUGGCUAAAAACUAUUCUCAUUGCCCUUUGAAGAAGAGGCCCGUACCUAUCAUCGAAUCAGAUGAACCAGAAAACUUGAGCACCAAACCCGAGGAUCUGAGCAUCACCGGGAGGUACAGCGCAGUGAAAUCUAUCUCUCCUCCAGUUUCACCUCAGACGACGUCUCCGGUGUCUUCGCCAGCCACGUCGCCGAGACACGAAGUGUUUGCCCAUAAUGUUAAGAGUGAAUUUCCGGUUAAAAGUGAACCCAUCUACCACCACCAACAACAACAACAACACCAUCAUCACCAGCAACAACAACAGCAGCAGCAGCAGCAGCAACAGUAUGCACCGGCUCCGAUCAGUCCGGAAUACGCUCCGCAGACCUGGCACAGAAGUGUCGCUCCCUUGUAUCCACCCACCUAUCCCGCGUUCAUGUACCAUCACGCUUACCAUCAUCAAGAGUACAUGAUGAGUCCGUACAGUGAAUCCUCCUGUUCUCCGCCGCACAUGCAACAACCUCUGCAACCGCUCGCCCUUCGUCCUACCCCAAUCUACCCCAUCGAUCAGCAGAGUCUCAGUCCGAACUCUUCGACGACAUCUCCGCCACCGCCUUCAGUCUCCGCCGAAGAUCUGUCGGAGAAGAGGAGGCAAGGAGGAGUCCGUCACCAAUGCCCGGACUGCGGAAAGAGCUACUCCACCUUCUCCGGCCUCUCGAAACACAGGCAGUUCCAUUGCGCCGCCGGCGACGGUCCGAAGAAGUCGUUCAGCUGCAAGUACUGCGACAAGGUGUACGUUUCGCUGGGCGCUCUCAAGAUGCACAUCAGGACGCACACUUUACCAUGCAAAUGCACGAUCUGCGGUAAGGCCUUCUCCAGGCCGUGGCUCCUCCAAGGUCACAUUCGCACCCACACCGGCGAGAAGCCCUUCUCCUGCACGUACUGCAACAGGGCUUUCGCGGAUCGUUCCAAUCUGCGCGCCCAUCUUCAAACUCAUUCCGACGUCAAGAAGUACUCGUGUCAGACCUGCAGCAAGACAUUCUCACGCAUGUCUCUGCUCACGAAACACGCCGAAGGUGGAUGCACCGGACUCUCGAAUCUCGUUGUCCCAACAGAAAAUCACUAUUAAUUAAAUUCCUAUUACCUUCUACAACAACAACAACAACACAA